AUGUCUUUACCGAAUGAACGACUGCCAGGCCUUGCUACUGUUGAUGGAACAGCGAAAGGGCCCGACAACGAUCGACCAGAGAUCGACCACAAAAGUUCACGCACCAACACUGUGCAAGCCGACAACCAUGCAAGCAUCGACAAAGACAGCCUGGCGACCCUAGUGACAGCCAGCUCAGAGGCAUCCUCGCCUGCGACGUUGUGCCCAUCGGCAGAAUCGCCAUGUCAGGCCACUGCAACGCUGUCGACAGACACUGAAAAAGGACCAUAUGUCACGACACACCCUCUCGAACAGCACAGAAUCAACUGGAGACCUUCAUUCCUUCGCAUCGCCCCGCUUGUCGGCCUCGGAGCUCUUCUGUUCGCGGUCCUGUCGACUGUUGCCUCAUUUGCGAUUCUCAAAGCCUCUGAUGGCGAUGCAGUGGCAGACUGGAAGUACCAGCCAACAGUCUAUCUGGCCAUCCUCACUGCCCUCAGCAACAAAGCCCUGAGCUUCGCAGUCGUCCAAGGGACGGUGGUGACAUGGUGGCUGAAAGCCUUGGCCGGUACCACGCUGAAGGACAUGCACGAGGACUGGGGCGUUGGUCAGUUCCUAUUCAGAGCCAUGGUCUCUGGGCGCCGGUUCAAUGCACUGGCUUUGGCAUGUCUGUGUGGAACACUCGUGGCUAUGGAUGGUCCACUGCUCCAGCGUGCUAGUUCCGUUACCUCCAGCACUCCACAGCAACCUAUUCCCCUGAAUGUGUCGAUCACGCCAACGGUCCCUGCAUACUUCACUGGGUGGUCAGAGUACUCACUGUACCCGCUCUUGUCCACGGAUUUUACCAAGGACUUCUUGCCUAUUGUCAGAGAGUAUAUAGAUCAAAGCCCAAUAAUUGGCGUGACAGGAUGCUCCGGGACCUGUACUGGCACAGUUCGCGCACCCGCGCUGGCAGUGACGGAGUGUUACACGACGUUGAGCUACAUCAAUUACGCGGAGCCUCUGCCAAAGCAAGAGCAGGCCGCUUACGAUGACAUCCAAGCAGUGCCAACGAACCGAACAGUCUUCUUUGUCGUGCCGAUAUCGGUCAACAACACGAUCGCCAACGAUGUCAGCGAGAAUCUUAUACUCGGGACUCGAAUCUCAGACAACGCGGUGGCCGAAACAUGCGCGGGAAACCUCAACACGACGAGCUGUUACCUCCGCUCUGCCGUCGCCGAGUAUCCAAUUACCGUGACUGACGGGACUGUCACGUUCGCGGAACCACCCAGUAAUCCCAAGAUUAUUGCAUUAGCGGAGAAUGCUGCAAUCACCGACCGGACGAUUGCAGAGUACGACCUCCACUACCCUCCGGUACCGAGUUACGUCCGAACCACCCUCAGCGGUAUGGCGCACAUAGCUCAAUGGAGCUUCGCCACCUGGGGCGCACUGGUGCCAUCACCGGUCGAGGGCGAUACCCCAGUUCUCGCGUGGAAGCAGUCAUCUCCGCUCGCUUUUGGCCAUCUUACGAACUACGUGGACUGGGACUAUCAGAAUGCAUGUGCGCCCGCCUGGAGCGACCCUCGAGACGAUGCAAUGGCCAUCCUCAACGAGAUGAUGUUCCGUAAGUCUCGUGCUGCUGGCGGUCAGUACUCAGAUUUUUUGGACCUUGGGCUAACGACCUGCGCUUCACGAAACCCAGGCACGGGCGUCUACACAGCACAGCAUUACGACGAGAGCUGGCUCAAGUCCCGGAUCGACGAUGGGUGGGAUAUCCAUUACGAUAUCACAGGUACGCCGGUGAGCGAGAUCAACGUGUUCCAGUCCAACUUUACGUACUUCGUCGGGGCCGCAGUCGUGGAGAUUCUGUGCAUACUGGCUAUCCUCUAUACGUUCUGGGGAUUUUGGAAUUUGGGGCACUCCACGAGCUUCAGUCCGGUGGAGAUUGCGAAGGCCUUCGACGCACCAAUCCUCAAGAGCGCCCCUUCCAACGUGAACGCAAGGCGCAUGGCGAACUUCGAAGGGGACCGCAAUGUGCAGUAUGGCCUCACAACGGAUGAAUUGACCAGUGGAGAGCAUGCUGGUCUGCUAGGAACGGAGAAGCUGGCUGUGGCCGACGUAGCGAGAGUCCGCACGGUGACCGGUAGAAGAAGGUCGGUGGCGGAGUACUACGACCUGCUGAAGGCGUUUUUGAUGGAAAGAAGACGUCUCAUGCGUGAGCGCCGGGAGGCGAGGAAGGCUUGA